AACUAACCUCUUAUCGCUGGCCUGUAAACUCCAGCUGUACUCCUGCAAACGUCAACAGAGUUGCAUGAUGCGACCGUUGUGUCCUGCUAGAUUUCCAUCCUAAUAAUACCGCGUGGCGUGUGUGGUGUGCGCGCGCGAUGAGCGACAGCAUUCCGCGCUAAUAAUAACCACCGCGCCCGAUGCUCCUCGGCGGGCGUCCGCUGGCGGAGCACCUCGGCGCGCAUUGGCAGCUCGCGCUCUCCUGGUGCGGCACGUGGCGGCAGCGCGUCCGCGAUUACCUAACCGACGCGCUGGAGCAUCUCGUGCUCUUCGCGCUCGCCUAUACCGUCGCCUGCCUGAUCCUCUACGCGCUCAUCGUGCGAUGGCGAGCGUUGCGGUUCAGGCGCGACGUGCGGCCCUCACGGCGCGUCCUCUUCGUGAUCGCGCACCCGGACGACGAGACCAUGUUCUUCGGCCCGACCAUCUUACGCUUCACGCAGGAUCCCGCCUGCAGCGUUUACCUUCUGUGCCUAUCAACAGGCGCUAACUAUGGCAUGGGAAAGGUGCGCAAGAAGGAAUUAUACGAUGCGUGUAAAGUCCUAGGCAUCCGCGAUGAAUGCAUCACGGUGCAAAGCCACACAAAACUACCAGACGCAAUGGAUACGCGCUGGCCGGCCGAGAUCGUCGCGCAGAUUGUCUCGCACCAUCUGCAAUCGCUCGGCAUCGACACGCUUAUCACCUUCGAUAAGCACGGGGUGAGCAGACACCUGAAUCACUGCAGUAUAUACUACGCCAUUGCGCUGCUCAGCACCGCGAACAAGUUACCAAAAGAUUGUCAAGUGUACGUGCUUGAAACAAUCAAUGUGAUCCGCAAGUACUGGAAAGUAUUUGACAUACCAAUUUGUUACAUUUUAUCGAGUGUUAGAUUUAUCACGAAUGCAAGCGAUCGCCGCCUGUUGUACAAGGCGAUGACGCAGCACAAGUCGCAGUUCGUGUGGUUCCGCCGGCUGUACCUCGUCUUCUCACGCUACCAGCUCAUCAACACGCUGCAGCGCAUGGACGCCAGCGAUAUUCAGUUGGAUCUCGACGUCGACGACAUCCAGUUGGCCGACGACUGAAGAUGAUCUUCUCUCUCCGCCAUUUUGUUUCCGAUUAGCUUACGAUUUUUUAACACGUUUUAUACUCUCGUUUUCUAUAUAUAAAUAUUGCGUAUGUAGUGCGAAGCGUAGACGCCAUUUUGAAUUCAAAGCUGUAUCGCCUCUUUUGUACCGAGUACAAAUGCAAGUCAUAUCGAGUGCGUUCCACUAGGUGGCGCAUCAUACGACACACGUAAUGGAAUGCACUCCGCGCGCAAGAAACAAAUGCAUCACAAUAUACACGCGGAAAUCUUUUCUAAACGAAUUUUCUACGAAGUUCUUCACAACACAAAAAAACACCGCGAUUACUUUUGUGCCAAAGUAUUAAAUCUAAUUAAAUAAAUCAGUUGACAUGAA